GCUGCAGCUGCCGCCUCCUCCCUGAUUCUCUCCUCUGCAUUCUCCAUGUUGCAUUUCUUGUCCGUUUCUCGGGCAGAGUAGCUGCUGCUGGCAGAGGAGCAGGCAGGGCAUUGCUCUGCUCAUUCAUCUACCACACUUUUUCUUUUCCAUUUUUACCCCCUCCCCUAUUUCCUUUACCCUUUCCCCGCCUGCUUUACUUCCCCCCACCGCCUACCUUGUCACCUCUCCCCUGCCUCAUUCACUGGGGCUAUGGCCGCAGAAGAGGUAUUGCAGACUGUGGACCAUUAUAAGACUGAGAUAGAGAGGCUGACCAAGGAGCUCACAGAGACAACCCAUGAGAAGAUCCAGGCUGCUGAGUACGGGUUGGUGGUGCUGGAAGAGAAGCUGACCCUCAAACAGCAGUAUGACGAGCUGGAGGCUGAGUACGACAGCCUCAAACAGGAGCUAGAGCAGCUGAAAGAGGUGAGUUGCCUGUCACCUCUUCCCUCCUGGGCCCCCGCGGGCCCGCCUCCACUUCCAGCCCCCACUCUUCGUUUAUAAAGAAGUCGGAAAGGAUGUGAUUAAAAGGACUGUUUCUUCGUUUUAGGGUUCUUUGUUGAUAAGAGAAGACUGAAAGAGCUCAUUGUUUUCCCCCAAGAGAAAAAUUGCUCAGGAAAUGAAUGUAUAAGCUGGAAUUUGGGAGGCAAUGGUUGUUUAGGCUGUGGGGGAGGGAGAGUCAUAAGAGUCUUCAAGUAUCAGCACUCUAAAACGACAGUCAGCUGGGUUGAAAUGUAUAAAUCAAACUUACCAAAACUGUUGUUAUUUCAAGCCCAGGUUUCAGGGACAAUCCCAUAAUCCACAAAGGCAAUUGGUAGGUUUGUGCUUGAGGACCCACAAUCUGAGGCUGUAGAAUUUAUGCUACCUCAGCUUCCAGCUGAAUGUAAUCACUCUUUGAUGAGCGAGGGAGCUGGUAUUAGGAGAACUCCUUGGCAAUCCCAUUCGACAAAGGUGGGCAAUCUUCUUUCGCCUUGGCUGUGGUCAUUCUUGUCAUCAGGCUGCAGGAGAAAAACAACUCUGGUAGGGUGAUGCCUGCUGCCUUGAUCUCACCUCAGAGCGAGGCUGGGCCCUGCCCAACCUUAUGAGGUCACCCUGAUCAGGGAAAAUUAAACUCACCUACAAAUGAUCUGAAAGGGUAAUAUAUAUGGAACACCUGCCUACCUGGGUAGCCUUGCAUUUCAAAUGAGGCCGUCCUGGUCGAAAUAUUAAAACCCAGAAUCUCACAAAUGGGCCAUGUAAAACACUUGUUCUCUUUUGUCUUUGGAUGUUUUGGCUUCUUUUAAAGGCUGUCUAAUAUUCUGAAAGAAAAUAAUGAAAGUGUUUUGGUUUCCUAGCAGACACUCUUAGGGAAUAUAUGUAUUGCUCAAGGAACUCUGUUUUACCUGAUUCCUGAGGCACUAUGGGUAGCAAGUAACCAGUUAUAAAUUUAAAUAUACACACUGCUUUUCCAUGUGGCAAACCUUUUUUUUACUUUAAGGUAUAUAUUGACAUUUUAAAUGUUAAUUCUCAGUUGAUGUAAAAUAUUCUCAAAAAUAUUUCUUUAAUUACUCAAGCAGUAUUUUUUUCCCUUAGCAAAGAAAGUGAGUCUUGUUUUGUGUUGUUACAGUUAAAAGACAUGAUAUCUAAUCAGCUUGCCUUUUUAUUUAGUACAUCAUAUGGUAGGCAUUCAUACUUUCAGAUAUUUCUUAUUUUUAUUGUGAUGCCUAAAUGCCAAAAAAUAAAUGUAGUGCAUAUAGUAAAAAACCCCCAACUAGAAAUCUCAUUUUUGUGUAUCAGGCUGUAAAUUUCUGGUUCAAAGGUUUUGUUUUUUUUUAGUUUACCACUUACAUGUCUGUUCUUAACAAAAGCUGGACUAGUUUCUAUUUUCCAAAAUAGAUUAGGUUUUAGGCUAGUAUAUUUCAAUCUAAAACUUGUGAAGUAGGAAACAGGAUAAUGAGUGUAAUUCUCAGAGAAUGUCGUGAUUUUGUCUACACCUAUCAACACUGCUUUGCUGAGACAGGGAAGUGCAAACCACACAGUGUUAAGGCAUCGCCACCUUGAUAAAGGAGGUAGACUUAAUUUAAUGCAAUGGAGUAUAACUGUUAAUUGACCUUCCCGCUUGAUUUAAACAACCCGUCUAGGGAUAUUCAUGUGUCAUUGUACUUACCCUGCGUGAAUGCAUUUGUCUUUCUCCUGUUAGACUGAGCUCUUAAGAAAAGAAAUAUAUCAAUUUAUAUUGUACCUUAAGUCCUUAACAUAAAACCUAGCACAUAGUAUGUAUGCAAUAAAUAUUUCAUGAACCAAUACAUAUGUACUAGAGGAAGACACACCUUUAUCAGGCAUUCAGUAGUCAAUAUUGGUUAGUGUUACAGAAAGAGUAGGAAAAUUAGCAAGUGACCAGUUUUAAAAAACUACCUGUGAGAAAAAUGUUUUGUAGGAAUAACAGUGGUUUCUUAAUACAGAAUAAUGCAAAUAUCAAUUACAAUUUGUUUUUCUAUUGAAAUUUAAAUCAUAUUUUAUUUUAUAUAGAGGGAGGUUAAUAAAUAUAUCAGGAUUAUUUUUACCAAAUGGUUCAUGCUCACAUAUGUGUUUGGAGUUACAUUUAGAGUCAAUAUAAUUCAAUUUAAAAUUUCUGAUGAACAAGUUCAAACAAUUAUAUAAAGAUGUAUUUUUAGGAUAAUAAAAUGGAUACUUGUUUAUUUAACGGUGAGACCUGUUAUUUUUAUCCUUUAAACAUGCUGUAGACUUUUUAGUUGGCAUAUUAUUUAAAUAAGCUAAAUCGGUCUCAAGUAAUAUUUCCUGUUUGAAAAAUAAAUCCAAAAUAAUUGUGCAAACCGAGGUAUGCCAGUGUUAAUGUCGUACAGGAGCCACUUUUGAAAAACUUGUUUGUGAGGGCUCUGGUUUUUCAGAAGGAAGUUUUGCUCAUUUUCAUGUAUAGCUAGUAAACAAUACUGUUGCUUUAUAUCUGUAAGCCAGGUAUGAAAUAGACCUUUGGCUUAUUUUUAGUCUUUCUCAACAAAUAUGUUUAAUUUUUAAAUAACUGGACCAAUUUGUGGGAGUGUCAACAGAAAAAAGAGUGUACUAAGUCCAAGUUGGGUAUUGGUACUUUGCAGUGCAGCAGCAGGGCUCAGUCUUUACAGGUUUGUUUUCAGUGCCAGCACCUGCCUCUCCAGGCUGUGACAAUCAUGGAAGCAAACAGCAUUGCCUGGAGAUGUGUGGAAUCAAUGGGAUGAAUUCAUUAAUUUUCUUUGCUAGUUAUUUCUUCCCUCCACCAGUUGCUUUUUGGCCUGGCCUGAUACCAUUUAAGGCUCUGCCCUGUACCUAGGUGUACCACUGCUGUAAUUCUGUUCACAAAAGGACGCUUAAAAGAAAAGACCUAAAGGUCUGAAAAAGGAUGACUAACCUCUGACAGCAUGACAAUAUUCCCCUUUUCAUAAUACCUUUCACAGCUGGACAAAGCAACAUGCCCACUAGAAUACUUGGCCAUGGUUUUGGGAUUUCACAAAUAAUGCUCUUCAGUGACCUAAGUGGCACUCAGGCCUGCCGUGUCCAGG